AAAAAGAGUCCUCUUUGACUCCAUUCAACAAAACUGGGGAAGAAGCUCCCGCCGUCCUUUGUCCUUUUUCGAACAUCAAAAUGGGUUUCGGAGACCUCAGCUCUCAGCAAGGCCUUCAGUGCCUGAACGAGUAUUUGGCUGACAAGUCCUACAUCGAUGGGUAUGUGCCAUCUCAAGCUGAUGCUGCCGUUUUCAAGAGUUUGACUUCUGCCCCAGCAGCAGAGCUGAUCCACGCUCUGCGCUGGUACAAUCAGAUCAACUCCUAUGAAACCUCGGAGAGGACCACCUUCCCCGGUGAGGCAAGGGAAUUGAGCUCAUACGGCCCAGCCGGUGCGUCUGCUGCCGCAGCUGCAGCCCCAGCUGACGAGGAUGAUGAUGAUAUCGACCUGUUUGGUUCUGAUGAGGAGGAGGAUGAGGAAGCUGAGCGCAUCAAGGCCGAGCGUUUGGCUGCCUACGCCGAUAGAAAGUCCACGAAGAAGGUCGUCAUCGCCAAGUCCAACAUCAUCUUGGAUGUCAAGCCCUGGGAUGAUGAGACUGACAUGAAUGAAAUCGAACGCCUCGUCCGCACAAUCGAACAAGACGGUCUCCUGUGGGGAUCAUCUAAAUUUGUGCCAGUCGGUUAUGGCAUCAAGAAGCUCGUCAUCAGCUGCGUCGUGGAAGACGACAAGGUCGGCAUCGACUUCUUGGAGGAGUCCAUCACCAGCUUCGAGGACUUCGUCCAGUCCGUGGACGUUGCUGCUUUCAACAAGAUCUAAGCAGCUCACAGUCUGCUCAAUCCAUCGCCAAUCCAGUACACGUACGUGCCAUGCUGAACAAUUUGCUUUUCUGGAGAGAGAAACUAUUUGCUGUGCUUCCUACCGCUGCUAGUAAUGGCAACUGUGUACUGGAAUAGUGUUGCGUCGGUGUGUCUGUCAGAACUCUACCACUAAAUUCACCUUGGUCGCACACUAGCUUAUUCGAAGCGCGUUCCACCAUCGCGCUCAUCGGCUUCGGAAGCUUGCCUUCCCAGUUUUGUUUGUUCCCUCUGGUCUUUCUCUAUUGGCAUGUGUGCUUAUUUUCUAUUCUUUUUUUUUAAUUUACUCGUUUAGAUGCCAGAAAGAGCCAGUGGGAAAAAAACUCUUGCUCGGAGUGUGUGUGUAGAUGUGUGCACGCUCA